CGGACCUCGGGGCUCGGCUGCGAGAGCAAGGCGGGGGACGGGGCAGAGACGCGCCGUGCGGGAGCAGCCGCCGGCGGGGAGCGGAGGUGGCCGGGGAAGGUCUAGAGAAGAACUUUGUUUUGAGAUCUCUGAGAAAGAGUUGAGGAAGAUUUCAGGAUCUGGAAGAAAGCACUUGUCCUACAUUAAGGAGGUGUUAACAUUUUCCCAUCAGCUCUGCUACAUAAGAGACCAUAAUUUGAAGCACUUCCCUGGUGCUUGCCCAGAUGUAUGAAGCCUGCAAUGUUUAGUAUUUAUACAGACCACUUCACAAGUGGUACAGAUCUACGUGUUUGCAAUAUAAAUUUUAGCGUUUGAAGAAAAACCCCUCAGAAGCUAUAUUUUACUGUGGACAGCUUUUUCUCGAUGUGAAUCCAAAGAGAUUGAUGUUUGGAAUUGAGAAGCAUCUAGUACGUACUUGGAAAAAAAAAAUUUGUUUCUCCAGAUGCAUCGUCUCCUCUGUACUCUGGGAACAUGCACAGCUGUUUAAACUACAGGUGUAGUCAAGGAAUUGUUACCUUUUGAGCCAUAUGAGAAGUAUUAUUGAGCCUUUGGUACCAGGCAUCGCUUUGUCACGUAAGCAGUUGAACACGCUACACUCUAAUCAUGAUAAAGCAUCUGAAAGAAUGAGUCUGAUUGUCUUAUAAAGAGGCUAUUCUUUUACAAGAAGGGUUAACUUAUAUCGUCACCCUGUGGCAGAUGGAUCCUUAUAUCCAGACUUUAAGAUGUUGAAGGUGUAUUGCUGCUUAUGACCAAUCCCAGGGACAAAGGUCUACAAAAUGGCUCAAACGAGUUUGCUGCAAGGGAAGCAGUUUUACUGUAGGGAGUGGGUUUUCCACAAGCUUCAGCACUGCCUUCAGGAGAAAGCUAACUGCAGCAACACUGUUGCCAACAAACCAUCUCUUAUAGCAAAUUCUGGGAAUAAUGCUGGUGUUGUCUCGGGGAAAGGAACUGCCUGGGGUGUGUUGUUGGUAGGAGGGCCUGGUAGUGGGAAGACAGCCCUCAGUACUGAAUUAUUGUGGCCAAGCUCACCUGCAAGCCUACAAAGAGGCUUGCAUCGCCAAGCUCUAGCUUUCCACUUCUGCAGGGCCCAAGACUCUGACACACUGUGUGUGGGAGGGUUUAUUAGAGGUUUAGUUACCCAGAUCUGCCGCAGUGGACUCAUCCAGGGAUAUGAAGACAAACUAAGAGAUCCUGCAGUUCAAAGUCUCUUGCAACCUGGGGAAUGUGAGAGGAAUCCUGCUGAAGCAUUUAAAAGGUGCAUUCUGCUUCCUCUUUUGGGGAUGAAGCCCCCCGAGCAGAGCCUCUUUCUGCUUGUAGAUUCGAUUGAUGAGGGUUGUAAUGUUGCAGAAGGUGAACAGACUUCUACAGGCAUAUCUGGAACUAUUGCAGAGCUUUUAGCUGAUCACUACGAGUUCUUCCCUCCAUGGUUGCUCCUCCUCUGCUCUGCUCGCAAGCAGAGUAAAACUGUUACAAAAAUGUUUACAGGUUUUCGAAAAAUAAGUCUAGAUGAUCUCCGAAAGGCAUAUAUCGUGAAAGAUGUGCAGCAGUAUAUUCUCCAUCGUUUAGAUCAAGAAGAAGCACUGAGACAACAUCUCACAAAAGAAACUGCAGAAAUGCUAAACCAGCUUCACAUCAAAAGCAGUGGUUGCUUUUUAUAUCUAGAACGUGUCCUAGAUGGAGUUGUGGAAAAUUUUAUCAUGCUAAGAGAGAUCCGUGACAUUCCUGGAACACUAAAUGGCCUUUAUCUCUGGCUUUGUCAGAGGCUUUUUGUAAGAAAACAGUUUGCAAAGGUCCAGCCCAUUCUGAAUGUAAUUCUUGCAGCUUGUAGGCCAUUGACUACAACAGAAUUGUAUCAUGCAGUGUGGACCAAAAACAUGACAUUGACUAUGGAAGACUUUCAACGCAAACUAGAUGUUCUGUCAAAAGUUCUUGUUGAUGGGCUAGGAAAUACUAAAAUUUUGUUUCAUUACAGUUUUGCAGAAUGGCUGCUGGAUGUAAAGCACUGUACACAGAAAUAUUUAUGUAAUGCAGCAGAGGGACACAGAAUGUUAGCAAUGAGUUACACUUGUCGAGCAAAGGAUUUGACACCAUUAGAGGCCCAAGAAUUUGCAUUGCAUCUAAUUAAUUCAAAUUUGCAGUUAGAGACUUCUGAGUUGGCUUUGUGGAUGAUAUGGAAUGGCACACCAGUCAAAGACUCUUUGUCCACUUUAAUCCCCAAAGAGCAGGAAGUACUACAGCUGCUAGUAAAAGCUGGUGCUCAUGUCAACAGUGAAGAUGACCGUACAUCUUGCAUUGUACGACAAGCUCUGGAAAGAGAAGAUUCCAUUCGGACCCUGUUAGAUAAUGGAGCAUCAGUAAAUCAGUGUGAUUCAAAUGGGAGAACAUUGUUAGCUAAUGCUGCAUAUAGUGGCAAUCUUGAUGUUGUUAACUUACUUGUUUCUAGAGGAGCAGAUUUAGAAAUAGAAGAUACUCACGGGCAGACAGCACUUACUUUAGCUGCUCGACAAGGACAUACCAAGGUUGUCAAUUGUUUGAUUGGAUGUGGGGCUAAUGUAAAUCACACUGAUCAUGAUGGCUGGACAGCACUACGAUCUGCAGCUUGGGGUGGACACACCGAGGUGGUUUCUGCACUCCUUUACGCUGGAGUCAAAGUGGAUUGUGCAGAUGCUGACAGUCGAACAGCCUUGAGAGCAGCGGCAUGGGGAGGACAUGAAGAUAUAGUGCUGAAUCUGCUACAACAUGGAGCUGAAGUCAACAAAGCUGAUAAUGAAGGUAGAACGGCUUUGAUUGCAGCAGCAUACAUGGGACAUAAAGAGAUUGUGGAGCACCUCCUUGACCAUGGUGCAGAGGUAAAUCAUGAGGAUGUGGAUGGAAGGACUGCUCUGUCUGUUGCUGCACUUUGUGUACCUGCUAGUAAGGGGCAUGCUUCAGUGGUUAGCCUUUUAAUUGACCGUGGUGCUGAAGUAGAUCAUUGUGACAAAGAUGGUAUGACUCCACUGUUGGUAGCUGCCUACGAAGGGCAUGUAGAUGUUGUUGACUUGCUUCUAGAAGGAGGAGCUGAUGUGGAUCACACUGACAAUAAUGGCCGUACACCCCUUCUGGCAGCAGCCUCUAUGGGCCAUGCUUCAGUUGUAAAUACUCUUUUAUUUUGGGGUGCUGCUGUGGACAGCAUUGAUAGCGAAGGGCGAACAGUUCUUAGUAUAGCCUCUGCCCAAGGUAAUGUUGAAGUAGUACGGACUCUGCUGGACAGAGGCCUAGAUGAAAAUCAUAGAGAUGAUGCAGGAUGGACACCUUUGCACAUGGCAGCUUUUGAAGGUCACAGGUUGAUAUGUGAAGCACUUAUAGAACAAGGUGCUAGAACAAAUGAAAUUGAUAAUGAUGGACGUAUACCUUUCAUACUGGCUGCACAAGAAGGUCACUAUGAUUGUGUACAGAUAUUACUGGAAAAUAAAUCUAACAUUGAUCAGAGAGGCUACGAUGGGAGAAAUUCUCUCCGAGUUGCUGCUUUAGAAGGUCAUAGAGAUAUAGUUGAACUACUUUUCAGCCAUGGAGCAGAUGUAAACUACAAAGAUGCUGAUGGCCGGCCAACACUUUACAUCUUGGCAUUAGAAAACCAGCUUACAAUGGCCGAGUAUUUUUUAGAAAAUGGUGCAAAUGUAGAAGCAAGCGAUGCAGAAGGAAGGACAGCACUCCAUGUUUCCUGCUGGCAGGGCCAUUUGGAGAUGGUGCAGAUACUGAUAACAUACCAUGCUGAUGUGAAUGCUGCAGACAAUGAGAAGCGAUCUGCUUUGCAAUCUGCUGCUUGGCAAGGACAUGUGAAAGUAGUUCGGCUUUUGAUUGAGCAUGGAGCCUUAGUUGACCACACCUGUAAUCAAGGUGCUACUGCGCUCUGCAUUGCAGCACAAGAAGGACACAUUGAUGUUGUGCAGAUAUUGCUGGAGCAUGGUGCUGAUCCGAAUCAUGCAGAUCAAUUUGGACGUACUGCUAUGCGUGUUGCAGCAAAAAAUGGACAUUCUCAGAUUAUUAAAUUACUGGAAAAAUAUGGUGCAUCUAGUCUAAAUGGCUGCACUCCAUCACCAGUCCACACAAUGGAGCAAAAACCCUUGCAGUCAGUCUCUUCAAAAAUGCAGUCAUUAACAAUAAAAUCAAAUAGUUCAGGGAGCACUGGUGGAGGAGAUAUGCAGCCUACUAUGCGUGGUUUGUCUAAUGGGCCUGCUCAUGCUUUUAGUUCUCCCUCAGAAUCUCCAGAUUCUACAGUGGACCGCCAGAAGUCAUCCUUAUCAAAUAAUUCGCUGAAAAGUUCCAAAAACUCUUCUCUGCGUACUACGUCAUCUACAGCAACUGCCCAGACAGUGCCUAUAGAUAGUUUCCAUAGUAUGUCAUUUACAGAACAAAUACAGCAGCAUUCACUGCCUCGUAGCAGAAGCAGGCAGUCAAUUGUUUCUCCUUCUUCCACAACUCAUUCCUUAAGUCAGAAUCAUAAUUCACCAAGUAGUGAAUUUGAAUGGAGCCAAGUAAAACCUAGUUUGAAAUCAACUAAAGCAAACAAAGGGGGAAAAACAGAAAACUCCAGCAAAUCUGGAUCUGCCGGGAAAAAAAUCAAGCCGAGCAGCUCCUCUCAACCAAAAGUUUUAGAAUAUGAAAUGACUCAGUUUGAUAAACGAAUACCUAUUGCUAAAUCUGGAACCAGUGUGCCACUUAAAUCAACGCCAGCAGAGCCACAGUGCAAAAUUUUGGUCCCUCCAUCUCAGCACGAAGUUGGUCGACCUCAGCAACAAUUCCUAAUUCACCAACAGAGUGGGGAACAGAAAAAGCGAAAUGGAAUAAUGACAAACCCAAAUUAUCACCUUCAAAGCAAUCAGGUUUUUCUUGGUAGGGUUUCUGUCCCACGAACAGGACAGGAGAGAGGACUUCAGGAAGUUUUGGAAGGCUAUCCUCCUGCAGAGACAGAACUAAGCCUUAAGCAAGCCUUAAAACUUCAGCUUGAGGGAACUGAUCCAAGUUUCAACUACAAGAAGGAAACACCACUGUAAUAGGCCAAUUCCAUGAUGCUAUGAACAGAAGAGUUUCUGCCUGGAAUGGUUUAAUCAGCUGCCUGGGAUGAAAGCAUAUAAUGCUUGGUAGUCCACCUAGAAAACUAAGAAUGUGAUUACUGCAGUACAAUUACCUUAAUUACUGUAAUGUGCCUAAAUUUUAAGGCUGCCUUCUCAGUGUAACUCUCUGCGCUUCAGAAGUUUAUUUUGUGUACUUUGUACAUAAUACACAGAAUAAGCACUUCUUUCUUAAUUGCAGAAUAAUAUACGCUGUGUUUCCCUGACAACACCUGAAAAAUUGUAAGAGCAAAGAUUUUUGAUAUCCUGUUCCAGAAGGCUUGAUAAAUGUGCAUGUGCCACAAUGAACUAUUUAUGGGAGGACAGUGCUUUUUGUAUUUAUUUUAUUUUCCUGGGGCAAAAGAAACUAAACAUACAGUUUAUACCAUAUUUGCAUUGCUGUAAUGUGUGGUCAUUUUCCUGUGUAUUUCAAAAGUUCUCUCAAGAAAAACAAAUCUGGUAACAGUAUUUGAUGAACUUGCAGUACUUGUAUGUUCUGUCAGUAAAACUACUCUGUUCAAUGGUAGAGAUGCAAGAUUAUAACCAUACACCACACCUCUGGGAUUUUUUUUGUAAUAAAAUCUAAUUUCUGUAAUUACAGCUUGAUAUCUGGAUGUACAGACUGGCUACCACUGAAAACGAUAGGAGCUAUGCAUGUGCAUCCACGGGCAAAACUUAGCCCAUACUAAAUAGUCUAGUAUGAUUUAAAAAAAGCUGGAUUAAUUUCAAUAUUAGGUGCUUAAAUAGAAUGUGCUAAAAUUUAAGGCCUGAUUCUGCUUUCACUUAGCCUCCAUAAGAACUCAGGAAUAACUCCAUUAAAGUAAGUGAAUUUGUACCUGUGUAAUAUUUGUGCAAGCAAAAACAGGUCCAUUGUAUGUAACAAUGUCCACUAUGAAAUUUUCUCCAUUUACAAGGGAUGAACAUGCACAACUCUAACUCUAUCACUCAUGAGUCAUAAAACUGAUUAACACCUGAAACUGUAAAGUAUAUUGCACCAUUCACUAUUACAUAGUCUGACUCUAGAUAAUAAAAGUUAACAUUUUCUACAUAAGUAUUUCCUCUAAAGACUUGAAUUCAACUUUUCUCAUAUUGUGAUUCUGUGCAUUCCCUGAAUAGUGUGAUCCAAAGUGGUGGUGAUCUAUUUAUAAAUUUAGAUAAAUGGCCCUUGGAUGCAUAUACAUUGUAUAUUCCGGGACACUGAAGAUCUCGAUAGCUUACUACUAUGAUGAAUAGUCAUCAGAACAUAAUUCAAUUUGAUUUUUUUAAUUAAUGCACCUCCUUCUUAUUCACUCAUAUUAUCAAAUGUAAAAAGAAAAUCUUUCAUAGGCAUAUGAUGUGUAGUAAAAUGUAAUGUUAGAAGUUUACACCAUAGCAAUAUUGAUAAUUCUGAAGUGAAUGUUUCAAGUAUUUAAUUUCUUGUCCCUGUGGGAUAUUUAUAAAAUAAACACAAUGGAACUCUUGCAGAAUAGCCUUAAGAAUGUUAAUGGUUCAGUAAAAAGAGAGUACCAGAAAGUUUCAGCAAACUUCUUAUGAACCUUAAGUAUAGUGCAUUUGCAAUACUGUGCAAGAACACAACUUUCUCUUUUUUUUUUAAUUGGGUGUAUGUUUUGUUCUGUAGAAAGAUAUCCCUGAAGGCUUACAUUUUCUACUACUAGUUUGUCGUUGGGAUUAUAUUUAUUUAAUUUUAUUGUUUUGUUACAAAGUGCACAUUGGGUCAGAGGGCCCAUUUCACAAUGGGCUACAGUUUCCAGACAGCUUCAAGUUUUUGUAUGAAUAAUAUUUACAUUUGAAACGGUGGGUAAACCCCCACAUAUAAAUCAACUGAAAGAAGACCUGUUGAAAAGUUAUUUUCUGAAUCAAAAUAACAGUUCCUGCAGCUUUUCAGUAUUGCUUUGGAAUAGAGCAUGAACUACUCGGUUAAAAUAUCCACUUCGAUGAGGGUGUGUGAGACAUUCCGCAUUGCUUUUGUGUGUGAUUUUAAUAUUACACCUUAUGUGGUCUGUACCAUGCUAAGAAAGUAAAACUAAUAUCCCCCAAAUGUUAGCAAUUCAAUUUGGACUUUUAAAAUGUUGGGUGAUGUCCUGCUCUCUGUACAAUCACACAGAAGUCAGUGGGGUUGCACACUUGUAACUCAGACCAGAAUUUAGCCUGUCAAAUCUUUCUCUGUUCCCGAUCUUGUUGUUCAUAAGCCACUAUGCGACUAGUCCUAUCUCCUCCUCCUCACAUUUCACGUAGUCUCUCCAACAACCAUCUCCAGAAGUGAUCACAAAUUCAUGAUGGGAAAGCUAGAGAAAGGACUGUCUUGUGAACAUUAACAUCAAUACCAUAUACUUGUGGAGAAAGUCUUCAAAAGAGAAAAGUAUUGAAAUUUGUCAGACCUAAAAAGGUAUUGAGGUACAGUGAUGCCUUUUUGUCCUCCUUGUGAUCACUAUUGAAAGUAUUACCAUUGAUUUAAAAAUAAAAGUCUGUUUCCCUCAUUA